AUGUCAUUUUCGAAACAAACGGGAGAAGGGAGCUCAAAAUUUCAUAUGAAGGUUAUCAAACCUGAAGUCUCAGUUAAACCUCCUAUCAUCAAGCAAAAUCCAAAAGACAAGGAGCCGUUAUUCAGCAUCGAACCUAUCAUUGAUGGUAGUGAAGACGAAGAGCCUGAUGAAGUUGAGCUUAAAAGGCAUAAGGCUCGUGAGGCAGAGAUUGAUGAAAAUGCUCGCAUCGUCAGAGAGGCUGAAGAAAAAGCACGAGCUGAAAAGGAAGCUCAGGCCACUCUUAAAAGUAAAAUGUUGUUAUUUCCAAAGUGGACCUUGAAGCGCAUGCAUAACCAAGCUGUGGAUAUGCCAAGUAAGUAUUAG